GAAUAUGAGAACCGGUAUUACCAAAUGUGCUCUGAAAUGUUUCACGUCAAUGCUGUUUUCACAUAGUGGUUUUUAUCUCUUGAUACAAACUGUAAUCGAACAGAGGUGAUCCAAUAUAAGGUAUACCGAAUGAGGAAGAAAUAGUACAAAUGAGGUAAACUCUCUUGUUUUGCUUCCUUUGUUGUCAGAAGCAGAUUAAUAAACAGGUAUUUUUCAGUUUUGUUAUAAGAACUCUAUAAGGAACUGUUAUAAGGAUUCUAGGAAUGUAUGUGGGCAUCCUAAGAAAAUAGCACUUGCCAGUAGAAGGAAGAAAACCUUGUAUAGGAGAAGAAAUAAGUGGCAAGACCUAACUUGAAUGUGAAGGAUAGAGGGCUGGUAGCAUUUUUAUGCUGUCUGUGUGUGUGUGUGUGUGUGUGUGUGUGUGUGUGUGUGUUGUGUGUGUGUAGAGGGUAGGGAUUAGGUUGUUGAGAAAUACUGACUAACUAAAGAAAAGAAAUGUUUCAUAAAUAUUGAGUAACAGAAAGGUAUUAGCUAGUGGAGGACAUAUCUUUUUUUUUUUUUCCUUUUGGACCCAUGUAAAAGUCUGUCUAUCAUGUUGCUGGAAAAGCAAAGACAGGAAAAUUACCAGCAGCCAUAGGUCUAUAGAACUUUGUUAACUUCGUGGUCAAAUUUUUGCCAUGUGUUUGAGUUUGCCCUUCUUUCACAGUGCUCCUGGGUCUCAAAGCAAUUGGUGGUUAAAAAAGUAUAGAGUGAAAUUUUCAGCUAGUUGAGAAUCACGGUUGUACACAAGACCAGCUUCUGAUGUCAACAUGCUAGGGGAAAUGAUGUUUGGCUCAGUUGCAAUGAGUUACAAAGGUUCCACCUUAAAGAUACACUAUAUACGUUCUCCUCCACAACUGAUGAUCAGUAAGGUCUUCUCUGCUAGAAUGGGCAGCUUCUGUGGGAGUACAAAUAACUUGCAAGACAGCUUUGAAUACAUCAACCAAGAUCCCAAUUCAGGAAAACUGAACACAAAUCAGAAUAAUUUGGGUCCUUGUCGUACCGGAAGUAACCUAGGUCUGCUGCAGGCGUGCAGCAGCAAGCUGCUACAGGGGGUGGCAGAAGGAGGACCUCUCCGGCUCACCCGGAGUGCUUCUUUCUUUGCAGCACAUAGCACUCCAGUUGACAUGCCAAGCAGAGGACAAAACGAAGACAGGGACAGUGGCAUCGCUCGAUCAGCUUCGCUAAGCAGCCUUUUGAUCACUCCUUUCCCAUCUCCAAGCUCCUCUACAUCUUCUUCCAGCAGUUACCAGCGCCGCUGGCUUCGAAGUCAGACCACAAGUUUGGAGAAUGGCAUCAUUCCUAGGAGAUCCACUGAUGAGACGUUCAGCUUGGCUGAAGAAACCUGCAGUUCUAAUCCUGCCCUAGUCCGGAGAAAGAAAAUCGCCAUAAGCAUCAUCUUCUCCCUGUGUGAGAAAGAAGAAGCCCAGAGGGAUUUCCAGGACUUCUUUUUUUCCCAUUUUCCCCUGUUUGAGUCACACAUGAACAGACUGAAGAGCGCAAUCGAAAAGGCCAUGAUCUCCUGUAGGAAGAUAGCAGAAUCAAAUCUCCGUGUCCAGUUUUAUGUCAGCCGUCUGAUGGAAGCUCUGGGAGAAUUCAGAGGGACUAUCUGGAACUUAUAUUCUGUUCCAAGGAUAGCGGAACCCGUAUGGCUCACCAUGAUGUCCAGCACUUUGGAAAAAACCCAGCUCUGCCAGCGCUUUCUCAAGGAAUUUACACUUCUGAUAGAACAGAUCAACAAAAACCAGUUUUUUGCUGCCUUACUGACUGCAGUGUUAACCUACCACCUGGCCUGGGUACCGACAGUCAUGCCUGUCGAUCACCCUCCCAUUAGAGCCUUCGCAGAGAAACGUACCUCUCAGUCAGUGAACACGCUGGCCAAAACACAUCCGUACAAUCCUCUCUGGGCACAGCUGGGCGACCUCUAUGGAGCCAUCGGCUCGCCCGUGAGGCUCACUCGCACCGUGGUUGUGGGGAAGCAGAAGGAUUUGGUCCAGCGCAUUCUGUAUGUCCUGACCUACUUUCUCCGUUGCUCUGAGCUGCAAGAGAACCAGCUAACCUGGAGUGGGAACCACGGAGAAGGUGACCAGGUGUUAAAUGGGAGCAGCAUCACGACAGCCUUGGAGAGGGGAGAGGUGGAGGAGUCCGAGUACGUGGUAGUCACCGUGAGAAGUGAGCCUGCUCUCCUCCCACCCAUGCUGGCUGAGGAAAGGAGCCCCGGGCCCGAGGGGUCGGCUGGGACCCGCGAGGGCGCUGAUAGUAGAGACCCGUGUUCCAAAUCUGACAAAGAAGGAAGCAAGAGUUCUGUGGCCUGCAGCCUGGGACACCAGGAGCCAGCACUGAACAGCGCGUGGAAACCUCAAGACGCAUUUUGUGGGGAGGAAGAAUGUCAAAAAGAGCUACCCCGAGGUGGCUGUUCCAGGCUCGCCAGCUGUGACAGUUUGGGGGCAGGACUGAAGGCCAGCGAGGAGCUGAAAGGGGAGGUGCCUAGGAAGCUGCCUGACCGGUCAGCAGCCUGGCCUUGCCCUGACAGACGUUCCCAGGAGAAGGUCACUUUCCAGAUUGGAAGCUCCGCGUCUCCAGAGUCGGACUUUGAAAGUCGCAGCCGGAAAAUGGAGGAGCGGCUGACGGCCUGCAGACAAUAUCCAGAGUUAGGUGGUUGUCCCUCAGCUGAGCCCAGAGUGGCCGCUGACAGGGCCCAGGACCAGCAGGUUUCUAGGUGCUCCUUCCCACCUGGCUGCCAAAAGAAUGUAUGCCGGCCUCAGAAUCCAGCAUCAGAGGGGGGUGAGGGUGAAUUUGACAGGGGUUACGCUAAGGACAGAGGCAUCAAAACCCAGGAAGCAGCAGGUGCUGCCGGGCAGCUCGGCCAAGCUGCCGACUUGCUUGUACCUAACGCCUGUGCGGCAGGGACUGGACAGAGAGCGCUGGAGGCAGAGGAAGGACCUUUGCUGGAACCUGCCCCGGGCAGGUGUGUACAGCAGGACUCUGGUGUCUCAGUCUCUGCAGAUGUCCCCUGUGGGGACGCCGACCGGAAGGACAACUUCAGGACUGAAGGAGACAUUCCCAGAAAUGAAAGUUCUGACAGCGCUCUUGGGGACAGUGACGACGAAGCAUGCGCCUCAGCCCCGCUGAAUCUAGGUCAUAGCGGCGACCUGCCUGACGGGUCCUUGGAAGUGGAGCUGCCUCUGCCAAGGUCUCAGAUCAUCAGCAACCCGAAUGUCAGAAACUUUGGCCGCUCCCUUCUGGCAGGUUACUGCCCCACAUACAUGCCUGACCUGGUGCUUCAUGGGACCAGCAGUGAUGAGAGGCUGAAGCAGUGUCUGCCGGCUGACCUGGUCCACACAGUCCGGCAUCCGGUGCUUGAUGAGCCCAUAGCUGAAGCUGUCUGUAUUAUCGCAGACACGGAUAAGUGGAGUGUGCAGGUGGCCACAAGUCAGAGGAAAGUGAUGGACAACAUGAAACUGGGCCAGGACGUCUUGGUGUCUAGUCAGGUGUCCAGUUUACUUCAGUCCAUUUUACAACUUUAUAAGCUUCACCUCCCUGCUGAUUUUUGCAUCAUGCAUCUUGAAGAUAGACUACAGGAGAUGUACCUGAAAAGUAAGAUGCUGUCUGAAUAUCUUCGUGGACACACCCGAGUCCAUGUGAAAGAAUUAGGUGUCGUCCUGGGGAUUGAAUCGAAUGACCUGCCUCUGUUGACUGCUAUCGCCAGUACGCAUUCUCCUUACGUCGCUCAAAUACUCUUAUAAGCUAAAGCUCAGGACAGUUCUUCCUUGGAAGAAAAAA